AUGCACAUCUCGGAGGUAGAAUAUGUGUUUUCGGACAAGACGGGUACUCUAACAGAGAACUGCAUGGUCUUUCAACGCUUCUCUGUGUCCAGUGGCACAUUUCUUGCCCGUGACAACAAAUUAUACCCUCUCAUGCCCCAACGUGUCUCCUCCAUUGUCGACAUCCAAUCUCCAAGGACAUCUGGCCGGGGCAUCAGAGGCAAAGACAUGCCCGAGGAUGCGCGAAUCCUCUUCACGAUCUUGGCCCUCUGCCACACCGUCCGUGUGGAAAACGACGAGGAGCUUUCAGCCAAGACACCCUCAAGCGCCCUGGAUCCCCUACCUGAGGUGGAGUCUCACAAAAUCAAACUGAGGAAGCCCCUGCACAUUAUCUCCGAUGUGAGGGCACGAAAAGCACCGCCUAAACGCCAAGCCAGCCUAAUGCGACGGGCCUCGGCCAUGCAGUCCGCCGAAGCCGCCAUCUCAAAUGUGAGGAGGGGCAAAGGAACCUUUAGAACCAACUAUGACUACCAGGCUUCGUCUCCUGAUGAAAAGGCAUUUGUUGAGAGCUGUCGUGACUUUGGUAUCGUGUACCACGGCGUUGAUUCCAGUGGAUUUCAUGUGGUGACAGUGAAUGACCAAACGGGAACUCGGUAUCGCGUUCUAGACGUGUUGGAGUUUGAUUCAGACCGAAAAUGCAUGUCAGUUGUUGUGCAAGCUGCCCAAGGAGAUCACGACGAUUCUAUUGCACUCGAUACCAAUCAAGGAGUCAUAAUUCUUUGCAAGGGUGCCGAGACUAGCAUCCUCCCAAGGACCGGACAUGUGGAGGACAUGCCACUGACGUCCACCAGGAGCGGGUCUUCCGCCGACCCGCUCACAGAUGGCCUCUUCGGGAGUCUUGAAACUGCGCGGAAGUACGCCUUGACACAGGACUACGUGAUGGAGCGGGUGACGGAUUUCGCCUCGUCCGGCCUCCGCACCCUCGUGAUGGGCGCUCGCUUCGUAACCGCCGCCCAGUGGCUCGAGCUCAAGGCCAACUUAGACGACGCCCGAGGGCGACUAGAGGGUCGGGAGGAGGCCCUUGCGGAGGCCUACCACGCCAUCGAGAGCAGUCUCAUGCUUGUGGGGUGCACUGGCAUUGAAGACAAACUACAGGAGGGUGUUCCAGAGACACUUAUUGCUCUCAGAGAGGCUGGUAUCCAGGUUUGGGUGUUAACCGGUGACAAAGAGGAGACAGCAGUCAACAUCAGCUUCUCAGCCGGUCACUUCGCUCCCGGUCUGCCGACAGUGCGAGUCACGCGACAGGGCAGUCUGCGGGAGUGCCUCAGCGCCAUUGACGCCCAGCUCGAGCGGGUCACUGAGUCGAAAAACAUUCAGCCCGACUACACCUUCGGCUUAGUCAUCGAUGGUCAGUCCCUCAACUUUGCCCUAAAGGUUCUUCUGAGAAAAAAGUUCUUGCUUCUCUGCCAAAUGGCCAAUUCUGUACUUUGCUGUCGUCUGACGCCAAUUCAAAAAGCUGAAAUCGUCAGAAUGAUGAAAGGUAGUCGAAAACCAAGCCCAGUUUGUUGUGCUAUUGGUGAUGGUGCGAAUGACGUCUCAAUGAUUCUCGAGGCGCACGUCGGGAUUGGUCUUUUUGGCAAGGAGGGUCGGCAAGCUGUUCGCGCCUCUGAUUACGCCCUAGGAAAGUUCCGAUUCCUUAAACGUGCUCUACUUUUCCACGGCUUUCACUACUACGUGCGGACAGCAAAUCUCGUGCAGUACUUCUUCUACAAGAAUCUCGUUUUCACUUUGACACAAGUGCUUUUUGGUAUCUUUUCUAUCUUCUCUUCUCAAAGCAUCUACUCCAAUCUCUACCUCCUAAUCUACAACAUUACUAUGACAUCAAUUCCAAUAAUCUUCUAUGGCAUUUUCGAACAGCGGCUGUCAGAAAACGCACUGAUGAAUGUUUCGGAUAUUUACAAGACAAUCGCCAUGAAUAAACUACUUUCCUGGAAGAACUUCUUCACAUGGCUAGGCUUUUCCUUCUGGCACGGUUUAGUCAUCUUCUUUGGAACUUACUUCCUUGCCAUGGAGGGCGUCUCCAAUGGUGGGAAUGGAGGAAACGCAAUCGGAGUAUUGGAGGGCUUCGGGUCGUUCAUGAUCAACUGUGUCUUUAUUGGUGUCACGAUCAAACUCAUGCUCGCCAGUUACCAUUUCAACGUGUUCCUCAUAGUCUCUGUUGUCGGAACUGUGGUGGUCAACUUCCUAAUAUUUAUAUUGGCCAAUUACGUGAAAUUACCAAUCAGUGGAGGAGACGAAUUGAUUGGGGUCUGGUCGCGACUGGGAUCAGGAUUUGGAGCGUGGGUCUCCUACUUGGCCCUUUUUGUGAUACUUGCAACAUGUUUUGUCCCUGAUAUCUUGUACCGACUCUACGCGGACAAUAAGAUGACUGCUUACCUUGAGAGCGUCUCCACCGAUCGGAAAUUUAACGAAUCUGAAGAAGUAGGCGGUAGAUCCGAUGGUACUGUCAAUGCCGCUUACUAUGGAAGUUUACUUACCCAAGCUGUGAUUAGGGUCCGUGAUACGUGA